AUGCAGCUGCAGUGGGGAGGGCGGGCAUUCUCGCGAUCGCGAUUUGGCGCAUGUGUCGGAGGCACUGGAGGCAUGCAAAGGCUCGAAUACUCACCAGGAGAGUUCAUCUACACCACCAAGACCAAGGCUGCAACACCAAGCACCGGGUCAGAACUGACUCUAUCGCAACCCGUCGAUCCUUUCUCCUCCUUAUCCUCCGAUCAAAAAGCUUUGUUGCAUCACUUUAUCAAUGAUGCCUCUCAGAUUACUGCUUGUCACUCAGGCAUGCAACAGGACAUAUGUCGCAUGCUAGUCCCCAUGGCCCUGCAGACUCCCUCGUUACUCUACGCCACCACCGCCCUUUCAGCGAUCCACAUCCAAGCUCUACACAAUCAGUCGGAGAGCGUGAAGUCAGCACCAGAUAUCGCCCGGUUGAUGGCUCUCAGUCUCGAGCAUUUCCGCACAGAGUUGCAAAACCCCUCGUCUAAAGACUCGGAGGCACUGGUAGCGACAGCCCGAACACUAUGUCUUGCCGAGAUUCAUUCAGGAGCGAUUCACCCAAACUCGUGGAGAGCACACAUCGACGGGGCAAGAGCGCUGAUGAAGGCAUCAGACGCUGCCGGUGAAGACUCGCUGCGAUCUGCAAGCGGGUUUCGACGGUAUCUAGAUCGCUGGUACUGGUCGAUAGUGUCUCUCACAGCGCUGACAGGGAAUGGCCCGCCGAUUGGAGAUACCUCAGACUUUGUGUCUUCUGAUUUGAUGGGGAUGGGUGGGUCUCCCGACUACCUGGAUGACUAUUGGGGCUUCAGCGUUGACCUUGCGGCCGUCUUCCGACAAAUCGGGGCUGCCGCCUGGCGCAACCAUGAAGCCGAGAAAUCCACUCAAGGGUUUGUGGCGGGAGAAAUCGACAGCAGUGUCGAGGAUGAUGCAGCAUCUUUGGAGUUUGCUGUUCGUCAGCUCAUGAAUCGCGAUUCAAGUUCACAGCCUUCAUUCUAUCCCGGAGCUGCAGAGGGUUUGUCGGCGGAGAGCGCACAGCAGCUUUUACUCUGCAAUGAGGCUUUCCAGCACAGCGCACUUAUUCAAAUUCACCGACGACUGCGAAAAACGCCCACCACCUCGUCGGAAGUGCAACAGUCUGUCCGGCGUAUCCUAGAGUGUACUGCGCAAAUUGGCCCUUCUUCUGGCCUCACGCCUUGGGUGAUGUUGACUACUCCGAUAUUCAUCGCUGGCUGCGAGGCGCGUGGUCAAGAUAAGGACACAGUCCGGCAAUUACUGUCGUCUUUGCAUGACACCAUUCGUGUCCCGAAUGUUCUACAGUCUUUGAGGUUCCUCGAGCAGUACUGGGCUAAUCAGCUCAGCGAUGAAGAAGACUGGAAUCAUUUCCUCGGUGCUCAUCUACCUAUUCCCUCCCUGCAUUUUCACUGCUAA